CGGGUUUUGUCGCUCUGGUGAUGUCGACCUUGCAUCCCUCGCGAUCUUGACCCUGCCAAACAACAAAUAUUAUGCUGUUGCCUAUUAGAACCGGCCAGCAGUGAGCGUCGUAUGUGAGUCGUGUCCGGUUUGAAGAAAUGUUCAGUGUGCGUUACUAGUACUGAAGCAAAACGCUUUAGUCGCGAUUCGCCGUCUGAACUGACAACCGAACGAACUCGCAGCUUGUCGUUGACCGCGAAUACAUUUGUCGAUAUUUUUAUGAACUUGUGAUUUUUUUUUAAUUUUCACUAACGUGUUCGCAGGUAAUUUUUAGUAAAAGAAAAUUUUGUUGAAAAUCUACAACGUAUCAUAAAGUUACCAUGGCGCAAGUAUUGGGUGCCGUUCAAGGGUUCUUCGACAAAUACGGAGAUGACCGUACAAAAGACUGGUUUUUGAUGAGCAAUCCCUUGCCAACGGCAUUGAUAUGUCUUUCUUAUGUUUACACUGUUAAACAUUUAGGCCCAAGACUAAUGGCCAAUCGAAAACCAAUGGAACUGCGAUCCUUGCUCAUCUUGUACAAUCUCUUUCAAGUUAUAUUCAGUACUUGGUUGUUUUAUGAGUGUAUGAUGGGCGGCUGGUGGGGCGAAUAUAGCUUGAAAUGCCAACCGGUCGAUUAUUCCAACAAACCGUCAACCAUUAGAUUAAGCAUGUCGGGCUGGUUGACUGGUCGCUAUAGCUUUCGGUGUGAACCGGUGGACUACACUGAUGAUCCUACAACUCUGCGGAUGGUCAACGUCUGCUGGUGGUACUAUUUCUCAAAAUUCACCGAAUUUAUGGAUACGAUAUUCUUCGUUCUUCGCAAAAAGGAUAGGCAUAUAUCAACUUUGCACGUGAUUCAUCAUGGAGUGAUGCCAAUGAGCGUAUGGUUCGGAGUAAAAUUCACACCAGGUGGCCACAGCACGUUCUUUGGACUAUUGAAUACGUUUGUUCACAUUAUUAUGUAUACUUACUACCUGUUGGCGGCGUUAGGACCCAACGUGCAAAAGUACUUGUGGUGGAAGAAAUAUUUGACUAGUCUCCAGAUGGUCCAGUUCGUGGCAAUUAUGGUACAUGCUUUCCAAUUGCUCUUCAUCGAUUGCAACUACCCCAAAGCUUUCGUCUGGUGGAUCGGUAUGCACGCGGUCAUGUUCUUCUUCCUCUUUAAAGAAUUUUACAAUCAACAGUAUAGGAAAUCACCAAAGCAAAAGGUGUCGGCCGACUCGAAACCAACCGCCAACGGAAAGACGUUAUUAAACGGCUAUAGCAAACAGUCGGAUUAUUAUAUUAACGGCAACGGAUUAUCUAGGCCUGACCUGGUGCACAGGGCUACGGCCGGCGCUCACUGACCGACACCGACGACGUUUCGCCACUGACUCUGCCACUGUCGCUCUCUGUGAUCGGACGCCCUAUAAUUGCUCAAACGCCCAAAAUUCAUCUACAUGGAUGUUUUAGUGAACAAUUUGUAAAUCUCUCUUUUAUUUUCCUUUUAUUUUUGCCCCGGACCAAUAUUUGUGUACUGUGUACCUGUAGAAUUAUUUAAAUAAUAUUGUAUUCAUUGGUAUAUCUAAGCCUUUUUUCAACGUAUUUUUUUCUAUUAUGCAAACUUAUGAGAAGUCAAAACACUUCUCCGGCGUAUAAGUAAACGUUUUUUUUUAAACAUUUGGUCAUUGUUAUUACCAAUCAAUACGUAUAAAAUAUCUAAAAAAAAAGGAUUAGUGGUACUUCUACAAUAUUGACUAUUGUGUACGGGGCUUACGUUAUAAAUGUUAAAUAUAUUUUUAUUUAUAAGUAAAUGUAUAAACCGUAGUAUAUAUCGUUGUGCAAGGUGUGGGGAAAGUUAAGUCGCUUUUCACUUAAGCCUUUACAUGAUUUUUAGACUUGGUAUUCUAUUUAAAUAUAACUUAUGUAAAAUGUACUUGUUUCUAAGUAAAAUAUAUAGGUAAUUAUUAUUAUUAUUAUUACUAUGUUUACAACUACUAUUAUCAAUUUAAUAUAAAUCAGUUGUUUUUUUUUAUACGUCAAUGUGAUACCUAGUAUGGUUUAUUAUUUUUAUUGUAAACUAUGAAUGUGAUUUUUUUUUUAUACUAAAAGUGUUUGGCCUCAUGUGCCUUAGAAUUACGGGACCAGUGUAAUUACUUGUUAAGAUAUCAUACCCUCGUGUAUGUAAUGAUGUAAAUUACGAAUGUACUUAGUUGUGGUGUAUUAAUUAAAUAAAAAUAAUCAUAAAUAACAAAAAUUGUUUCCCGGUAUUAUUUCGUGCCUGUUACAAUUAAAAUGUUAACCACGUAGAGUAUAUAAUUAACAUAGUAAUAGACAUUUUUUUUUACCAUCUUCCAUUAUACACUACGCAAAAUACAGUACGUGUUUUCCUACAUCAUUUACUGCUGUACUCUGUUGUAUAAUUUGAUCGUGAAAUAUUUGUACUAUAGUAAAUAAUUACAAAAUUAUAUCUAUUACUUUAUCAUUUAUGCAGUAAAUGAUUUGUUUAAUCGGUAAACUUUUUCAUUCGAUCCUUAUUCUAUCGCGAUUUUUAUGAAAAAUGUAUUUUUAGUUUAAUUAUUAUAUCGUCAAAUCACUGUAACCCGUACGUAUUGAAACAGAUUUUUUUGUAUUCGUUUUGUAUUGAAAGAUUAGAUAUAAAUUGUCGCAUUUUUAUUAAGAUAUUCAUUAGUACCGUAAAAUUAAGUUAUUAUUACUGUAUGAUUUAUAUAUUUACCAAAAUCCAGGUAUUUUAUUUUAAAUGUGUAGUCAUAAAAUGUUAUGUAUUAAAGUUCAAUGAUAAUAAACCAGUUAAUAAUAUUUUAA